CUGUGAUGUUGUUCUGGACCAAAAUGAAUCUAUUUUCAACUAUUUUUAUUCUUUUAAUACUUACAACCUUUACUACAAAUAUUAAAAUAGCCUGCAAAUAUGAUUAUUACAACAAAUGGAUGCUAAACGUUCAAUCUAAUUUCUCAGCUCAGCAUAAACAGUUUAUUUACGAAUGUAUGGUCACCGAUAUUAAAAUAAUAAAUAAGCAUGAACGUGAAGUGUCGAAUGUUUCUGGUAUUCAUGAUCAAAAUAUGACAAAUGAAAAUGUGAAAAGUUUUAGUAUUGGUAAUCGAGUCAUGCAUUUUAUGCCUAAUAAUGUGGAAAAAUUCUUCACAAACUUGAUCGUUCUCGACGUUUAUGCAACGAGAUUGCAGGAAAUUCAUAAAAAAGAUUUGGAACCUUUUCCAGAUUUAAAAUUCUUAAGUUUAACAAACAAUGAACUAAAAACAAUCAAUUUUGAUCUUUUUGUUUACAAUCCAAAUCUUGAAGUAUUGUUGCUGACAGGAAAUAGAAUUGAAAUUGUUAACGAUGCAUUUGAAUUUCUCUCAAAUCUACAAUAUUUAUCAUUUAGAAACAAUUUGUGUAAAUCUGGUGAGGCCAAAAAUAACCGAAAUGAAGUAAUUGCCUUGAUUGAAGAUAUCCAUACAAACUGUGAAAUAGAUUAUGAGAAGGCUUUUGGACAAUGCAAAAGUGUCCUCAAAAUGAUUCAAAAUAAACAAAACGAGGCAGAAACAUUGAUUUUUGGAAGCCCACUGAUGAACAAUGGUCUAACAUAUUUAUCCAACAGUUCCAUUUACAUAGCAUUUGUUGCAAUUGUCUUAAAUCUUUGGAUUUAGAAAUUAAGUUUAUAUCA